CAAAACUCACCGACCGCUGAGCACGUUGCAGACGCGGUUGGCCUGCCCGUACCGUACCGGCCGGGCGUGCCCUAAUACAUCAUCAUACCGUUGCCCGUACACCACUUACACUUUGGGCUAAUCUUUCAGCUUCUACAACAUGCCUUCGCCGGUAGGCCUCUAGGGCCCGAACUUCCGAAGAACAGGCAGCACAAUGAGGUAUUUGCGCGACUACAAAAGGCGCGGCUGGUCCCAAUGGAUCCCCGACAGAACCAUUCAUUGCAGAGAAGAACGAAUUGGCCAGCAUUCAUCAACCCAAAAGAACAAUUUCGAGAAGUAUGAAAGUCCUCAUCAUCGGCGCCGGGCUCGGCGGCCUCAGUCUUGCGCAAGCAUUGCGUCGAGCGAACAUCCCGUUCGAGAUCUUCGAGCGCGACAAAACGCCCUUCGACAGGCCGCAAGGCUACCGUCUCCACCUGGAUGGAGACGCCAUCAACACCGUGCACGAAAUCCUGCCCCCGGAGCUCCUGACGCUCUUCAAGGAAACGUCGUAUUCGACCGAGCCAUACACCAGCAUUAUGGAUCCCAAAAGUCUGCGCGUGGUGAAGCGUCUCCUGACCCGAGAUGACCUGGGCACCGGCAUGUGGCCCCCCACUGAUCCGGAAGCAACACCUGUGCAUGCGAACGUCGACCGCGCCGUCCUCCGUCGAAUCCUCCUUACCGGCCUUGACGAAUACAUCCAAUUCGGGAAGCAGUUCGAACGGUAUGAAACCAUUGGCGAGGACAAAGUCACUGUGCAUUUCGCCGACGGGUCCAGCGCAAUCGGCUCUGUCGUUGUCGGCGCGGACGGCGUCAACUCACGCGUCCGUCGCCAACGCGCCCCAACAUGCACCACAAUGGACGCCGGCAUCACCGCCAUCUACGGCCGACUCCCUCUCUCUGCUCUUCGGGAGUUGGGUCCCAAAGAGGCGCUCGAGGACAUCUUCCUAAUCGCCAUCGAUCAACGAAAACUCUUCCUAGGCCUGGGGUCCGUCAUCUUUCCGACGCUGCCAGACGAGGCAGCCAAAAAGCUGUCAACGAAAAACGCCAUGCACGCCCAAGAGAGCUACGCCGUGUGCAUCGUCGGCGGCCGGCACGAAUACUUCCCCGAAAACGUGCACAGCGUUCCAUCAGCCGAGCUGCAAGAUGUCGCUGCAGGGCUCGUCGACGAAUGGAGCGGCAACGCAGCGCCCCUCCUUCGCGCCGCCGACCCCGACUCCUUCUUCACUGUCCGCAUGCGCACCAGCGUCCCGAGCACGCUUGACUCGCCUACAAACGUCACUCUGCUGGGCGAUUCAAUUCACUCAAUGACGCCCUCUCUCGGCCGUGGGGCGAAUCUCGCGAUGCGGCAUGGUGCUCUCCUCGCUCGGCAUUUGAAGAAGGUUGCAGCCGGUGAGGGAAGUAUUGCUGCCGAGCUGGGACGGUAUGAGAAGUCCAUGACGGGAUAUGGGUUUCAGGUGGUGCGGGAAGCAGCGCAGAUGGGGCAGCAGCGUAUGGCGCAGAACUCAUUGGAGACUCGAGCGUAGGAUACCCUCACAUUUACAAUUGAGCGAGUAGCAUGUGCCGCGAUUUGGCGAUUCACAUCUCUUAUACCGCAGUUUAGAGCUAGAGAGGUAGAAACGAAA